AUGGAUAGCCCAGAGACAUACAAGCCAGCUUUCACUGAGCCUCCAGGAACAAACUUGGCUGGGAUUCCUAUUCAAGGGCUCGUUCUACCCUCCCCGUAUGUAUCAUACGGACUGCCGUAUCAAGUAUCAUGCGCCAGGCAUGUUAAAGACACAUUUAAUGCGUCAAAAGUAUACAUUAUCGCAUCAGGUUCACUUGCGAGAAACACAGACCGGCUGGAUCGUCUAGUCGAAGCUUUGGGGAAAGAUGCAGUAGUGGGAAUUCGUCGGGGAAUCACGCCUCAUACGCCCUGGAGCGAGAUCUUGAGUAUAACUCAGGAAUGCCAACUCUGGAGCAGAUUGUGUGGUGACCCUAGGAGCGGGGAGUGUCACGGACGGAGCCAAACUCGUCGUAUUGAACCUGCUCAGCUUGCUCGGUAUUCGGUUGAAAGCAACGAUAUUCCUGCAAACGUCAGAGCCCCAACUGUGCCGUUGAUAAACAUCCCGACCAGUCUGUCGGGCGGCGAAUACUUUAGUCUUGCAGGUGGCACGGAUGACUCAACACAUCAUAAACAGGGCUUUCUGCACUCUGGCAUGGGAUCAAAGUUGAUCAUCCUCGAUCCAGAGCUUUGUACUCUCACGCCCGAGUACCACUGGCUGAGUACCGGUGUGAGAAGCAUCGAUCACUGCGUGGAAGCCCUUUGCUGCCUGACUGCCACUCCGGCUUCUGAUGAAAGGGCGGAACGUGGAUUGAAGUUGCUCGUGCCAAAUCUGUUAAGGUGCAAGGCUGAUCCAAGCAAUGUAAAAGCCAGGCACGAAUGCCAGAUGGCUGUCAAUCUCGCCAUGUGGAACGUUCGAGCCGGUAUUCCAAUGGGCGGAAGUCAUGCCAUUGGCCAUCAAUUGGGACCGCUUGGGGUUCCUCACGGGGUCACUAGUUGUAUAAUGUGUCCCGCCGUUAUGAAGUACAAUAUUCAGCAUGGCUCAGGAACUCCCGAGAUUGAAGCUCGCCAAUCAAAGGUUAGAGAUAUCUUGUGGUCAGAAGAAGAGGUAGCCAAAACUCUGAGAGCUGCCGGGCUAUCUCCAGAGUCCUCGGAUCUUGGCGAUUUACUAGAUGUAAUCAUCCGAGCCCUCGGCCUGCCAAGGACUUUGAGUGAGCUCAAAAUAGCCAAGGAUUUGCUCCCUGCACUAUCCCGACGUGCUCUUGAUGACUUUUGGGCGCCGACAAAUCCGGUUCCAUUACUAAAGUCAGAGCAAGUCCAGGAGAUAUUAGAAGCCGUAGCGUAA